AUGGCGCUUGCGUUGGAAACUUCGGUUGUUGCGUUGGCGUUGCUUGAGGAGGAAGGAGAGCGGGUGGAGGUGCGAAAUGCGUUCGAAGAGAUGACAGAAGGCGAAUUCCGGCGUCGUUAUCGUUUCUCGAAAGAAAGGGUGCGUUGGUUGUGCGGCGAACUCGACCCCAUCAUCGGGUGCCAGCGAGCCAGCGGAAUUUCUACGGAGCGGAAGGUGUUGUGCGCGCUGAGGUUUUUUGCAACGGGAAGCUUCCAGCGGGGCGUCGGCAGUGAAGAAUUUAUCGGCCUGUCGCAGUCGUCCGUCAGCGACACCAUCCAUGAAGUGGCAAACGCCAUAACUGUCGUUGGCGGGCAAAAGCGGUGGGUGGACUUCCCCCAGACGACAGCCGCGAAGGCCAGAGCAAAGGCGGCGUUUGCGCGGCUCGGACGGAUCCCCGGUGUGCUCGGCUGCGUCGAUGGCACUCUCAUCGCCAUACAGCAGCCCCAAGGCCUGAGCCCCGGGGAUACACAGAGCUACAUGUCGAGGAAGGGAUUCUACGCCAUGAACACCAUGAUCACAUGCGAUGCAGACCUCUGGAUUGAAGACAUCAACCCCUGCUUCCCGGGGUCCUGCCAUGAUUCAUGGGUGUGGCGUAGGAACCCUCUUCGUGCAUACCUUGAAGCAGAACUGCGCCCUGGCGAAUGUUUGCUUGGAGACUCCGGCUAUCCCUUGGAGCCGUGGCUCCUGACACCAGUGCCGGGGCAUCCAGCUGGCAGCACCCCUGAGGGCCUCUACAACAAGGAGCACACCGCCAUGCGCAAUGUUGUGGAGAGGUGCAUCGGAGUCCUAAAGAGCAGGUUCCGCUGCUUGCAGCAUUACCGGACCCUGCUCUACAACCCCGAUCGAGCAGCGACCAUCAUUGCCGCUUGUGCAGCUCUUCACAACAUUGCCUUGGCGGCACGUGAGCCUGCCCCGGAAGAGGAGGACGACGACAGUGACGUUGCUCCAGCUGUCCAGCAGAAUGCAGAUCUGGUCGACCCGCCAGCACCACCCAUGCGGGUCCCACAACCGCGGGAGCUGUACCUGAGGGGCCUGCAGCAGCGCAACCGUGUGGUGAACCUUUUCCAAGGACCACGCGGGGUGCAUACUGACCACCUCCGGAGGGUACGCCGCCGCCUGCUGCGACCUCGUCGGCAGCAGCCAAUGUAA